CUUUCUUAGAUUCCGCCGCCACCGCCGCCGCCGCCAUCGCCGCCGCGAGAGAGAAGAGAUGGCUUCUGACUCCUCCAAAAAUCCGAACCGGAUAAUACACAGACAACUCGAAAGAUUGGAGGAGCGGUCCACCGCCGCCGACUCCAAAAAUCCGGCCACGAAAAACCGGAUCAAUACGAUACGCAAACAACUCGAGAAAUUGGAGGAGCAACCAAAUUAUCGCGAGAAGAAUAAGAAUAUCGAUAAGAUACGCACACAAGUCGAUAAAUUGGAGAAAGUCAACCCGGAGGAGAAGAAGUCAAUCAAUAAGAUACGCAGACAGCUUGAAAUUAUGGAAAAGGACAAUUUAUACAAGUUAAAACCUCAGCCUCGUAGGUUAACCUGUGGAGGUCCCAGUCUCGUCUAUGACAAAGAUUCCCCCGACGUUCAAGAUCGAGAUCCCGAAUCAGCAGAACGUCUCAAAAAAUCUGCCAGCAUAGCAAUUGAUUAUUUCAACAAAAAACAUUCGAUAAGAUACAAUGUGGUCGACGUAAUCAGCGCAAACCGACUUAUGUGCUCGGGUUAUAUAUUGUAUUUGAGGUUUACCGCCAAAGUUGAUGGUGUCGAACAAGUCGAUACUUUCAACACAAGUAUUUUCUACGGAAUCGGUGCGACUGAAGUACAGUCUAUUGAAAUUGUCGUUACUUAGCUGCUAUAGGUAAUUAGUAUUUAAAUUCAAUCUUUGCUGACAUUUUUUUCUUUUCUUAAGCUGCUAUAUAUAUAUUUUG